GGUUCUUCAAGUAUCCCCUUCCCAGUGAGGAUGCAUUGCUGCUCCUUUGCUUCCGGUCUCCCUCCGCAGAGAAAGCGUUCCAGAUGGUCGCCCAACCACAAGACUACAUCAGGAAACUCCGCGGUGAAUGUAUCAUCACCGUCGAGGCUACCCUCAAGUACAGCAUCGACUUGGCCUACGCAAGGAGCGUCGUGACUCUACAGUUACCGAAGCUCAACGUUGAUGUGACGCCCGUGGGACGCAACGGAGAGGUCCACUACAACGUGUCCAUGAAAAACCCACUGGCGAUUCCACUCACGAGCUGCGAGCUUGCCGUGGAGCUUCCGGGCUCUACACGAUUCUUGAGACCCACUCCCGCUGGGUCGGUGGAGCCCUACGGCGUCUUCUUCAAGAGCGGCAGCCUAGUCCGCACGUCAGAGUACACGCGCGAAUUCAACGCGGCCUUCCACUGCCGCGAGAUGCCCAUGAUGAGUGGCUCCCGCAGCCUAGAGGCGUCCUCGUGACCUCGCGUUUUCCAGCAACGCGAUUGUUGGGCAAUAAAAUCGAGAG